GUUGGAACAGGUUGGAAAACCUUUUGACUCUCUACUGUGGAGUCCAUUGUUCCUUCUGGCUUCUUCAAGUUAAUGUUCCCAGGUUUUUUUUUUUUUGCUGUGAACUGCAGUUGUUAUGUCUGACUCAGUAAUUCUUCGCAGUGUGAAGAAAUUUGGAGAGGACAAUCAUGGUUUUGAGUCAGACAGCUCAUAUAACAAUGAUAAAAAAUCAAAGUUACAAGAUGAGAAGAAAGGUGGUAGCAGUCAAGUUGGCUUCUUUCGAUUGUUUCGAUUUUCUUCAAAGACUGACAUUUGCCUGAUGUCUGUGGGAAGUUUAUGUGCACUUCUCCAUGGAGUAGCCUAUCCAGGCGUGCUACUCAUUUUUGGCACAAUGACAGAUGUUUUUAUUGAGUAUGACAUGGAAUUACAAGAACUCAGUAUCCCUGGAAAAGCAUGUGUGAAUAACACCGUAGUGUGGACAAACGACUCCCUCAACCAGAACAUGACAAAUGGGACACGCUGCGGGUUUCUGGACAUUGAAGCUGAAAUGGUCAACUUUGCCAGUUACUAUGCUGGCGUCGCUGUUGGAGUGCUUGUCACAGGAUAUUUUCAAAUAUGCUUUUGGGUAAUUGCUGCAGCUCGUCAGAUACAGAAAAUGAGAAAGUUUUACUUUAGGAGCAUAAUGAGGAUGGAAAUUGGAUGGUUUGACUGCAAUUCAGUGGGAGAGCUGAAUACAAGAUUUUCUGAUGAUAUUAACAAGAUCAAUGAUGCCAUUGCUGACCAAAUGGGUAUUUUCAUUCAGCGCAUGACCACAAGCAUCUUUGGGUUCCUGAUGGGAUUUUACCAGGGUUGGAAACUGACCUUGGUUAUUAUCUCUGUCAGCCCUCUCAUUGGGAUUGGAGCAGCCAUCAUUGGUCUGAGUGUGUCCAGAUUUACCGACUAUGAAUUAAGGGCCUAUGCCAAAGCCGGCUCAGUUGCUGAUGAAGUCAUAUCAUCUAUCCGAACAGUGGCUGCUUUUGGUGGUGAGAAAAAAGAGGUUGAAAGGUAUGAGAAAAAUCUUGUGUUUGCCCAGCGCUGGGGAAUUAGAAAAGGGAUAGUGAUGGGAUUCUUUACUGGAUUCAUGUGGUGUCUGAUCUUCUUGUGUUACGCGCUGGCCUUCUGGUACGGCUCCAAACUUGUCCUGGAUGAUGAAGAAUAUACACCAGGAGCUCUUGUUCAGAUUUUCCUUAGUGUCAUAGUAGGAGCUUUAAAUCUUGGCAAUGCCUCUUCCUGUUUGGAAGCCUUUGCAGCUGGGCGUGCUGCAGCCGCCAGCAUCUUUGAGACAAUAGACCGGAAACCCCUCAUUGACUGCAUGUCAGAAGAUGGUUACAAGCUGGAUCGAAUUAAGGGUGAAAUUGAAUUCCAUAAUGUGACCUUCCACUAUCCUUCCAGACCAGAGGUGAAGAUUUUAAAUAAACUUAGCACAGUUAUUAAAUCAGGGGAAGUCACAGCUGUGGUAGGAUCCAGUGGAGCUGGGAAAAGCACGGCGCUGCAGCUCAUUCAGCGAUUCUAUGACCCCACUGAAGGCAUGGUGACCUUGGAUGGCCAUGACAUUCGCUCUCUUAACAUCCAGUGGCUCAGAGCUCAGAUUGGGAUAGUGGAGCAAGAGCCUGUUCUGUUUUCCACCACCAUUGCAGAGAACAUUCGCUACGGCAGAACAGACGCAACAAUGGAAGAUAUAGUCCGAGCAGCCAAGGAAGCCAAUGCCUACAACUUCAUCAUGGACCUGCCACAGCAAUUUGACACUCUUGUUGGAGAAGGAGGAGGCCAGAUGAGUGGUGGCCAGAAACAAAGAAUAGCCAUUGCCAGAGCCCUUGUUCGAAACCCGAAGAUCCUGCUUUUGGACAUGGCCACCUCGGCACUGGACAAUGAGAGCGAGGCCAUGGUGCAAGAGGCGCUGAGUAAGGUUCAGCAUGGGCACACAAUCAUCUCUGUCGCUCACCGCCUAUCUACAAUUAGAGCUGCAGACGUCAUUAUUGGUUUUGAACAUGGUACAGCGGUGGAAAGAGGCACCCAUGAAGAACUGUUAGAAAGGAAAGGCGUUUACUUCACUCUAAUAACUUUGCAAAGUCAAGGAGACCAAGCCUUUAAUGGAAAAGACAUAAAAGGAAAGGAUGAAACCGAAGAUGCCUUACUUGAGAGAAAACAGACCUUUAGCAGAGGGAGCUACCAGGCUAGCUUAAGAGCAUCCAUCCGACAACGGUCCAAGUCUCAGCUUUCUUACCUGGGACAUGAAUCGUCAUUAGCACUUGUAGAUCAUAAGUCUACUCAUGAACAAGACAGAAAGGACAAGAACAUUCCUGUGGAAGAAGAAAUUGAACCAGCCCCAGUGAGGAGGAUUCUGAAACUCAAUGCUCGAGAAUGGCCCUACAUGCUGGUAGGGUCUGUGGGUGCGGCUGUCAACGGGACAGUCACACCGAUGUAUGCCUUUUUGUUCAGCCAGAUUCUUGGGACUUUUUCAAUUCCUGAUAAAGAAGAACAAAGAUCACAGAUCCAUGGUGUGUGCCUGCUCUUUGUAGCAAUAGGCUGUCUCUCUCUUUGCACUCAGUUUCUGCAGGGAUAUGCUUUUGCCAAAUCCGGGGAACUUCUGACAAAAAGGCUACGUAAAUUGGGUUUCAGAGCAAUGUUAGGGCAAGACAUUGGCUGGUUCGAUGACCUCAGAAAUAGCCCCGGAGCCCUGACAACACGGCUUGCUACAGAUGCUUCCCAAGUUCAAGGGGCUACCGGCUCUCAGAUCGGGAUGAUGGUAAACGCCUUCACUAACAUCGCUGUGGCCAUGAUCAUUGCCUUCCUCUUUAGCUGGAAGCUAAGCCUGGUCAUCGUGUGCUUCUUCCCUUUCUUGGCUUUAUCGGGAGCCAUACAGACCAGAAUGUUGAUGGGAUUUGCCACUCAUGACAAGGAGUCUCUGGAGACUGCGGGACAGAUUACAAACGAAGCCCUCAGUAAUAUCCGUACUGUGGCUGGGAUUGGAAAGGAGAGGCAGUUUAUAGAAGCGUUUGAGGCAGAACUGGAGAAGCCAUACAAGACAGCCCUCCGAAAAGCGAAUAUUUACGGACUCUGCUUUGGUUUUUCCCAGUGCAUCGUGUUUGUUGCUAAUUCUGCUUCCUACAGAUACGGAGGUUACUUAAUUCCCAAUGAAGGGCUCCAUUUCAGUUAUGUGUUCAGGGUGAUCUCUUCAGUUGUCCUGAGUGCGACAGCUCUUGGGAGAGCCUCCUCUUACACACCAAGUUAUGCCAAAGCUAAAAUCUCAGCUGCUCGCUUUUUCCAACUGCUGGACCGACGACCCGCAAUCAAGGUCUACAGCAGUGCAGGUGAAAGAUGGGACAACUUCCGGGGACAGAUUGACUUUGUUGACUGUAAAUUUACAUAUCCUUCCCGACCCGAUGUGCAAGUUCUGAAUGGUCUUUCAGUGUCUGUUGGUCCAGGGAAAACCCUGGCAUUUGUUGGGAGCAGUGGAUGUGGUAAAAGCACCAGCAUUCAGCUGUUGGAACGUUUCUAUGAUCCUGACCAAGGGAAGGUGAUGAUAGAUGGGCAUGACAGCAAAAAUGUAAACGUCCAGUUCCUCCGCUCAAACAUUGGAAUCGUUUCCCAGGAACCAGUGUUGUUUGCCUGUAGCAUAACGGACAACAUCAAGUAUGGAGACAACACCAAAGAAAUCCCCAUGGAAAAGGUUAUAGAAGCUGCGAAGCAGGCUCAGCUGCAUGACUUUGUCAUGUCCCUCCCAGAGAAAUAUGAAACUAAUGUUGGGUCCCAGGGGUCUCAACUCUCUCGAGGAGAGAAACAACGUAUUGCUAUUGCUCGGGCCAUCGUACGGGAUCCGAAAAUCUUGCUACUAGAUGAAGCUACUUCUGCCUUAGACACAGAAAGUGAAAAGACGGUGCAAGUCGCCCUGGACAAAGCCAGAGAAGGUCGAACCUGCAUUGUCAUUGCCCAUCGUCUGUCCACCAUCCGGAACUCAGAUAUCAUUGCUGUCAUGUCACAGGGGGUAGUGGUUGAAAAGGGGACCCACGAAGAACUGAUGGCUCAGAAAGGGGCCUAUUACAAACUUGUUACCACAGGAGCCCCCAUCAGCUGACCUCACUUGUGAGAUUCUACGCACAGACGGUACACCAGUUACAGGAGUGCCAUGGACUGUUUUUUUUUUUCUUUAAGCAAAAAUGAUGAUAUUUUACUUUUACAGAUAUACAUUGGACCUGAGCUAGUUUACCUUCAACAAUAAUUUAGUUUUAAAUGUCUGUACAUAGAAAAUGAAAGAAACCAGGGUCAUUGGCAAUAAGAAUCCAAUGUCAAGCAGCCAUCAUCCAGUGCUUUCACCAGUCCCAGUUACUCCAUGGGAAUUAGCGAGACAUCGUGAUGUGGAGGAAAUAAGACUUGGAAUUCCCCAGGGGUAGAGAACCAUCCUUUGCAUUUUGAACACUUGGGGUUCACAGAGCCUGGUCUAGACUAGUCAUUUGACAAAUAUCUACUGAGCUGGACCAAGGUCAUAUGGAUAAGAACAGAAGGACUGAAGACUGGCUGUUUUUUUAUUUAAGUUUUCUUGCAUGUGAAAGCAGAUCCAUCCAUCUCUAAGGAUGAGGAGAGAAAGCAGGACUUAUACUUUGGGCACUCUCAGACUGAAAGGGGCAGAAAAAGACAGGUAUUAAAAAGGGGUUACCAGUCAGGAAUGUUGAUUUGUAGAUUCAAGGUGUAGUGCGGGGGUGGUGAAGUCCUCAUUUACUGGACUAGAUUCUGCCGUACGGCUGGAGCGGGGGGCUCCAUCCUGGGUCUUGUACUCCUCUUCACCCCGUUCACAUUGCUUGCUGUCCUUUCUUUCUCCAAAUCCCAGCAUGAAGUGAAAAUAGUGGAUUUUAUCUUGUGUAAGUGUUUUCUUCCCAUGGCCAACAAAUGAAAUUCUGCCUACAAAUUAAGCCUGAGCUAUCAUAUCAUGGUAUAUUAUUUAUGUCUCUGGUCCAGUGUUUCCUGGUGAAUAACCACGCAGGUGGUUUAACAGGUUAACUAGUUAGAACAGAAGAACUGAUCGUUCUGAAGUCAGAAAGGGAGAGGGUAGAGGGCAGCAUUCUACUUGUGACAAAUGGCAGUGAUAAGUAAGUUGCAGAAUAAAGAUGCCUUCAAGAAGGAAUUAAGCUUUGUAGGAAGCACGUGCUUAUCCUGUAACACUGAAGAAAAAAGACCAACAUCCAUUUGUUUUAAGUUUUUGUUUCAGAGGAAGAACAUAAGCUAUGUGGUGGGAGGCUGCCAGUUUCCUGGAAUAGAAUGGAUGAUUAAACUAUUUUUGAAAUAAGAUACUUGAAAGUUAUUGAUGAGAGGGAAGAGCUUGACUGGAGAUUGUUUGAAAUGAUUUGGGAAAACACUUGAAUUACAACUUCAAAAAUACAGAAGUAAAUAAAGUUGCAAGUUUAUUUUACAAUGUCAGGGAUUGCCAGUGUCUUCAUUUUUGCCAUGUAUCCUGUACCACUCAUGAAGAUUUGGUUUCUACAAUUUUACAUUAUUGUUUCUCAGGUGAUGGAAAGACUUGCUUAAUCUGUUGUGACUGACACUAUCUUAAGUCUUUCUGUAAUUUCUAAUGUUUUCAGGAUGGGUUCUGCUGUGUUCAAACUCUUUCCAUAACCCCAGUUAAUAAAAUUUUAUGGAAGAAAAAAAUACAAGGACUGGAAGAUAAAGUUGGGAAAAUUUCUCUGAGGGUAGGACAAAAAGACCUGAGAAGUAGAAAAAGACUUAGAGGAACAAUCCAGGAGAUGCAAUAAUUAGCUAACAGCAGCUCUGGAAAGAAAGUUCAGAGAAAGCUUCGGGGAAACAUGAUUAAGUAGUCCCAGAAUAUGUCCUAUAGAUGAAGGAUAUGAAUUUUCAAUUUGAAAGGGUUCACAAAGUGUCAAAUAUAAUAAAUAAACAAAGAUCUUACCUGGGCACACCAUUAUGCAAUUUUGGAAGACUGAGGCAAAGGAGAAGAUACUAAAAGCUUCCGAGAGAAGGGGAACAUAUAAUAAAGAAGCAUAAUGACAUAGGACCUCUUGACUGGGACACUGAAAGUCAGAAGACCUAAAGAUUUGUCUUGAGAAUUCUGAGGGAAAAAUUAUUUCUGUUCUGGAAUUUUAUUCCCAGCAAACUAUUCUCAAGAAUGAGAGAUGCCUAAAGAAAUUCUGCCGUUUAUGAGUUUCAAAAUUGUAUGGAAGCAGGUGCCUAUAAACCAGAAAUGUUACUAUUUGAGAAAAAAAUAGAAGAGUUGGCCUCCAACUUUUUGUCUAGAAACACUUUUUCAUGUUGUUACUCUAGGUCUAUUCUACCUGUGCUCUUGGGAAAUUAUUUCAAUAAAAAGACAUUUUGAAUUUAA